AUGUCUACCACCGUCGAAAAGAUCAAGGCCAUCGAGGAUGAAAUGUCCAAGACUCAGAAGAACAAGGCCACUUCGUUCCAUCUGGGUCAGCUCAAAGCCAAGCUGGCCAAGCUGAGAAGGGAGCUGCUCACGCCUACCGGAGGCGGAGGUGGUGGUGGUGUAGGUUUCGAUGUGGCAAGAACCGGUGUUGCGACUGUAGGGUUCGUGGGAUUUCCAUCUGUCGGUAAAUCGACUCUGUUGUCAGAGCUUACAGGAACAUACUCUGAAGCGGCGGGUUACGAGUUCACAACAUUGACCACAGUCCCAGGUGUCAUCAAAUACAAGGGAGCCAAGAUCCAGAUGCUGGAUCUUCCUGGUAUCAUAGAAGGUGCUAAGGACGGAAAGGGUAGAGGAAAACAGGUGAUUGCAGUUGCACGUACGUGCAACUUGAUCUUCAUUGUGCUGGACGUGAACAAGCCACUGCACCACAAACAAAUCAUAGAGCAUGAGCUGGAAGGAUUUGGAAUAAGAAUCAACAAGGAGCCCCCUAACAUUGUGUUGAAAAAGAAGGAAAGGGGUGGAAUCAACAUCACAAACACCGUGCCUCUAACGCAUCUGGAUAACGACGAGAUCAGAGCCGUGAUGUCCGAGUAUAGAAUAAACUCGGCAGACAUUGCUUUCAGAUGCGAUGCCACAGUUGAUGAUCUUAUUGACACACUGGAGGCUCAGAACAGAAAGUACAUCCCGGCCGUCUAUGUGCUGAACAAGAUCGACUCGUUCUCCAUAGAGGAGCUGGAGCUGCUGUAUCGUAUUCCAGAUGCCAUUCCAAUCUCGUCGGGUAAUAAGUGGAACCUGGACGAUUUGCUGGAAAUGAUGUGGGAUAGACUGAAUCUGGUGAGAGUGUAUACAAAGCCAAAGGGUAAACUCCCUGAUUUCAACGAGCCUAUCGUGUUGAGAUCGAACGCGUGCUCUGUGGAGGACUUUUGUAACCAGAUCCACAAGUCUUUGGUGUCAGACUUCAAGAACGCGAUCGUGUUUGGCUCUAGUGUGAAGCAUCAGCCACAAUACGUGGGUCUUUCACAUUUGCUACAGGAUGAGGAUGUGGUGACGAUUUUGAAGAAGUGA